AUGAGUCCUGUCAACCAACAGACAGGCUCAGACACCAUACGUCGCCAUUUAUUCUCGCUAUCAUCAGUCUUUCGGUCCAGGGCAAGCACGAGACCUAGCAGCAUACCUCAUCCAGUGCAGGAAGAGCCAACUUGCCAAGAAAGGAUCCAUUACCCUGUGUUUAAUCCCCUAGAUCCUCGCCACAAUCCCGAGAUAUCGACCUCGUGGUGGCGUCCAAAUAAGCAAAAGAGUUUGACUUCAGAGCCACACAAUCCAAAGGAAUGGGUCCAAUCCGUCUCGAAACGAACUCUCCACAAAGCACGAUCAGGUUUAUCGGCGCUGCGCGCAGGGCUUAGCCACCGUUCAAGUGAAGAAGACAGCCCCGAGAAAGGUUUUGUUAGUCCCGUUGCUCUGAGACACGAAAGACAACGCUAUGCAAUUUCAUCUGGGGCAUACACUUCGGAUACACAGGAGGACGUGAACUUCGGCGCCGAACUAUCUCGCAUGCAUCUUCCACCGUCUUCGCCAUCGUCCAGUACUGAUAUGGAGUCGCUUAUCCGCGUGAGGUCUCUGGGUUCGAUACCUGACUCGUUCGCAACAUUUCCCGGAUCUGCAUCUGCGUCUACGCCCAUUUUUUACCAACCCAGCCGAGCUGUAAGUAAUUCGGGGGUAAAUUCGACUUGUACACUAGCCACCGACCAUGAUCUUGACUUCCAAUUUGGUGAAACUGGAGAGUUGGGGACAAGUAUAAAUUCCAAAGAUUACUUUGCUCACACCACGCCAUCGACAGAGAACCAUUUGAUACAACAAACAUGGGGCGUUGCAAUCUCUACUGAUGGAGAGAUUAAAAUGUCCGCCCACGCCCUGUCAGAGCCAAUUUGUGAAGAGCAGCAAGCAACAAAUCUUCAGCAGCAAAAUAUCAGUCAUGCAAGUUCAGAUACAGAAAUCAUUGAUGAUCAAUCAAGUUCAGUUCUCAUCUCGAGACAAUGCUCCGCCGAAGUUCGAUUUGCAUUUCCAGCAAUAUAUCAUGAGGCGCUGCACCAGUGGGCAAGACAACAUGAUAGUCCCAGCCCUAAUCAGCACACAUCCAACCCUCGUGCACAAAGUCUCAACACCAGUCAACACAGUUCCAGCCCAAGUCAACACCUUUCUAGCCUCAGCCACCACAGUCCCAAUCCGAGUGAAAGCAGUCCCAGGCUCAAUGAACAAGAAGAAACCCCGCACGCUUCCCAAAACCCACUCAAAUCCAUUGUGCUCCAGGAUAAUACAUACAACAACUCGCCUCCAUAUGACGAAGAUGAUGAAGGUCUCAUACCCUUGGUACCCCCACAAACCCCAAUCACCUGUUCUGAAGAGAUGGAACCAUUUUCCUAUCCCAAUCCCCUCAGUUCCAUCUCUAACCGGAACUUCGGCGAAAUAUGGACGUCUAUCUCCGAAAGAGCAACCACACAGCGGUCAAGCGUUGGAGAUUAUUCAAGCCGUUCCACACCCGCUGAUACCACAUCGCGAGAUCUCACAUCAACUGAAAUGACUUCAAUGGAAUCAAUGACGAACGAUACAUGGUCCCCAUGGUCCCCCAUCGACUCUGAACUUCUUUUCCCAAGCCCAGUGGAGGAUGGAAAUGGGUAUUUCCUUAUGGAUAGCAAAACAAGCAGCCAGUAUCCCGACAGAGGCAAUCAACCAGUCAAAUUUACACAGAAUACCACCAGAAACUGCGCUAACAUCAGAGCACCUCAACAACUAACUGGGCUGAUCUCCCCGGGGGUCCUGUCCCUACCGCUCUUAUCUGAUGGCAUUCCCGGUGCAGGAUUAGAGUUUCUGGAAGAUGAUACGGACGACGAGUUUUACCCUGGAAUUGUGCAUCCAAGACAGUUUUGGUGA